AGCGGCCGGGUGUCCGGCCAGGCGCGCGGGGCCGCCGGGACUUGGAGCAAGUUGGGGAAAGUCCGCGGCGGGCGCUGACCUUCACGGGAGGCAAUUCCUUUGUGCCUCGGGAAGAGCUGUGACCUGCCCCACACGUGCGCCAUGGCGUCGCGUAUCGGCCUGCGGAUGCAGCUUAUGCGGGAGCAAGCGCAGCAGGAGGAGCAGAGGGAGCGGAUGCAGCAGCAGGCGGUGAUGCAUUAUAUGCAGCAGCAGCAGAUGCCGCUGGCCCCCACGCCUGCCAUCAACACUCCAGUCCAAUUCCAAUCCCCACCGUCCGUGCCCGGAGAGGUCUUAAAGGUUCAGUCGUACCUGGAGAACCCCACCACGUAUCAUCUGCAGAAGUCACGGGACAAGAAGGUCCAGGAGUAUAUCUCUGAAACCUACGGGAACAAGUUUGCUGCUCACAUCAGUCCUAUCCGGCACUCUCCGAAGCCUCCCCCUGCCGCCUCGCCGGGCGUCAGGCCCGGCCAUGUCAUGUCCUCUUCAGCCGGCAACAGCGCCCCCAACAGCCCCAUGGCCAUGCUCAACAUCAGCUCCAACCCGGAGAGGGAGAUAGACGAGGUCAUUGAUGACAUCAUGCGUCUGGAUGACGUUUUGGGCUAUAUUAACCCGGAAAUGCACAUGCCCAACACCCUUCCAAUGUCCAGCAGUCACAUGAAUGUAUAUAGUGGUGACCCCCAGCUGACGGCGUCCCUGGUGGCUGUCACCAGCAGUUCCUGCCCCGCUGACCUCACUCAGAAGAGAGACCUGACAGAUGCUGAGAACCGUGCCUUGGCUAAAGAGCGUCAGAAGAAGGACAAUCACAACCUGAUUGAAAGAAGACGAAGGUUUAACAUCAAUGAUCGCAUCAAAGAACUCGGAAUGCUGAUCCCAAAAGCCAAUGAUCUGGAUGUUCGCUGGAACAAAGGGACGAUCCUGAAGGCCUCGGUUGAUUACAUCAGGAGGAUGCAGAAGGACCUGCAGAGGUCGCGGGAUCUGGAGAAUCACUCUCGGCGUCUGGAAAUGACGAAUAAGCAGUUACUGAUCCGUAUCCAGGAGUUGGAGAUGCAGGCACGCCUCCAUGGGCUGCCCGCCUCCUCACCCUCCGGCGUGAACGUGGCAGAACUAGUUCAGCAGGUCGUGAAGCAAGAAGUGACCGGAGAGGACGGGUCGAUGGAGCCUCAGCAGCCCCAGCUACCUCCAGAUCAGGAGACGCAGCAACAGCCACCCCUGCCACUGCUGCCUCCAUCUCCCUACCAGCUGGACUUUACCCACGGCCUGAGCUUUGAUGAUGGCUCCAGAGGGUUCCGCGACCAGCUGGACCCCAGCCACCAUGUCUCUUUCCCCUCUUUAUCCAAGAAGGAGCUGGACUUGAUGCUGAUGGAGGACACCAUGUUACCUCUGGCUUCUGACCCCUUGUUCUCCGCCAUGUCCCCCGAGGCCUCCAAGGCCAGCAGUCGCAGGAGCAGCUUCAGCAUGGAGGAUGCUGACAUGCUGUGACAAGGAGCCGCUCGGAGCCUGGGGAAAAGGACGAGGAGUGAGGCUUGUCGGUGAAGACACGCCCCCACCCAAGAGGACCCCAGCCCACACUUGAGCCUAC